UACACUCUUAUCGAGCCGGCUUCAUGAAGUUAUGUUUGAAGUUUCGGCUUGUCUUUGCUUUGACACAGAACGUCAGCUAAACCCACUAAAACUCACCCUCAUUUUAGUAUUACUUUUAAAUACCUUGUUUGUUUUUUUUUAGCACCUAUUUAUGUUUCAUCGUGUAGCAUAUGUAAUGCAUACUUUCAUCACUUCUUCUUAGUUGUUUUUUAUUUUAUUUUUUUUACGGGUUUUUCUUGCUGUGUUGAGUGCUGCGGUUUGCAUGAGAGGUUGAGGUGUUGUUUUGGGUUGCUGGUAUUUCAGCUGACUGAAUGGGGCGAAAACACCAGACAAGCCUGUGUGAAUAGAUGUAUUGUGGACGCUGGCUGGUUGUGUUUGACAGCCCCAGGUUUAAACCUCGGCCUCUUCUACAGAAAGGGAUUUUUUUUUGGUUAAAUGUGUGGCUGCUCUCUGAGCUUUUAUUUUUGCCACCCUCGUCUGUCAAGUGGUGGUAGUGGUGGUGGUGGGGGGGGGCUCUUCAUCAUAGCUGUGUUCAGGCUGACACGGUGUGUUGCCGUGCUGAGGGCUAAAUUACCGGUGGCAGCGAGCUGUCCUGUUGUUUAUGGUCGCGCCUUGCUGUCAGCCCGCAGUGCCAAAGUCUCAUCAUCAUCAUCAUCUCUGGCGAGGAUGCCGCUGACAAACAAAUCCAGGAACGCCCCGGCGUGUGACUCUCCAGGCUCAGGCCGAACUGAACCCUCAGCAGAAGCUCGGCAGGACAACCGGACUACAGGGGACGGUGGAGGAGAGGACAAUGUUGGAGACAGUGAGAUAAUCAAGUCCCCCUAUGACCCCAAGCAGUACAGGUAUGUCGUGCUUGACAACGGGCUGCGAGCUCUGCUCAUCUCAGACUAUAGCGGCCCGGCGGAGUCUGAAGACGAUGACUCGGACGGAGAAGAGGAAGAGGGUGAUGAUGAAUCCGGAGGUGAAACGGAAGAUGAGUCUGAGGAGGAUGAAGAAGACGACGACGAGCAGGGCAGCGACGGUGAUGAUGAUGACGACGACGACGAUGACGAUGAGGGGGAUAAGAAGAAAAGAAAUGCAGAGAAACAGUCUGCAGCCGCUCUGUGUGUGGGAGUGGGCAGCUUCAGCGAUCCCAGUGACCUCCCUGGCCUCGCUCACUUUCUUGAACACAUGGUGUUUAUGGGCAGCGAGAAGUAUCCCUCAGAAAACGGCUUUGAUGCCUUCCUCAAGAAGCACGGCGGGAGUGACAAUGCCUCCACCGACUGCGAGAGGACGGUCUUCCAGUUUGACAUCCAGAGGAAAAUCUUCAAAGAGGCUCUUGACAGGUGGGCUCAGUUCUUCAUCUGCCCCCUGAUGAUACGAGACGCCAUUGAUAGGGAGGUGGAGGCCGUUGACAGUGAGUACCAGCUGGCUAAGCCGUCAGACUCCCACAGGAAGGAGAUGCUGUUUGGCAGUUUGGCCAAACCUGGACACCCUAUGGGCAAGUUCUGCUGGGGUAAUGCUGAGACGCUGAAGCAUGAGCCAAAGAAGAAGAAGAUCAAUGUCUAUAAGCGGUUGCGUGCCUUCUGGAAGAAACACUACUCUGCCCACUACAUGACUCUUGCAGUGCAGUCUAAAGAGAAGCUGGACACUCUGGAGGAGUGGGUGAGAGAGAUCUUCAGCAAGGUGCCUAACAACAAUCUGCCACAGCCAGAAUUCUCCAAUAUGCCGGAUCCCUUUGACACACCAGCCUUCAACAAGCUGUACAGAGUUGUCCCAGUUAGGAAAGUCCAUGCUUUGAAUAUCACCUGGGCCCUCCCCCCUCAGGAGAAAUACUACAGAGUGAAGCCUCUCCACUAUAUGUCUUGGCUGAUUGGCCAUGAAGGCACAGGAAGCAUCCUCUCCGUGCUCAGGAAGAAGUGCUGGGCCUUGGCUUUGUUCGGAGGAAACAGCGAAACUGGCUUCGAUCAAAACACCACCUACUCUAUCUUCUCCAUUUCCAUCACCCUCACUGAUGAAGGCUUCCAAAACUUCUAUCAGGUGACUCAGCUGGUGUUCCAGUACCUGAAGAUGCUGCAGACACUUGGACCACAGCAAAGAAUAUAUGAAGAGAUCCAGAAUAUUGAAGCCAAUGAGUUUCACUACCAGGAGCAAAUUGACCCUAUAGAAUAUGUGGAGGACAUUUGUGAGAACAUGCAGCUCUUCCCCAAAAAGGACUUCCUGACAGGAGAUCAGCUGAUGUUCGAGUACCAGCCAGAAGUUAUUAGAGCAGCUCUGUCCCUCCUCACCCCAGAGAGAGCCAACCUGAUGCUGCUGUCACCAGAACACGAGGGCCAGUGUCCCCUCAGGGAGAAGUGGUUUGGCACACAAUACAGCGUGGAUGACAUCCAGCAGGAGUGGAUGGAGCGGUGGAUGGGAAACCUGGAGCUGAACAGCGACCUUCACCUUCCCGUUGAAAACGAGUUCAUCGCCACCGACUUCACCCUGAAGCCCUCCGACUGCCCAGACACCGAGCUCCCUGUCCGUAUAGCCGACAGCGACAGAGGCUGCCUGUGGUACAAGAAGGACAACAAGUUCAAAAUCCCCAAAGCCUACAUCAGAUUCCACAUAAUCUCUCCUGUAAUCCAGCAGUCUGCUAAGAAUGUGGUCUUGUUAGACCUGCUGGUCAACAUCCUCGGACAUAACCUUGCAGAGCCGGCCUAUGAGGCUGAAGUGGCUCAGCUGGAGUAUAAACUGGUAGCUGGUGAGCACGGCUUGGUCAUCAAGGUUAAAGGGUUUAACCACAAACUGCCUCUGCUGUUCCACCUGAUCAUUGACCACCUGGCGGAUUUCUCUGCCGCCCCUGACGUCUUCAGCAUGUUCGCAGAGCAGCUCAAGAAAACCUACUUCAACAUCCUCAUUAAACCUGAGAAGCUCGGCAAGGAUGUGCGUUUGCUUAUCCUGGAGCAUUCUCGCUGGUCCAUGGUGGAGAAGUAUCAGGCUCUGACAGCUGGUCUGAGCAGCGAGGAUCUGAUGGAGUUCAGCCGGAGUCUCAGGGCAGAGCUGUACGCCGAGGGUCUGGUGCAGGGCAACUUCAGCAGCACGGAAUCACAGCAGUUCCUUCAGUAUGUCACCGAAAAAUUGCAGUUUUCCAAGCUGCCAGCAGAGGUGCCGGUGAUGUUCCGAGUGGUGGAACUUCCGCUGAAGAACCACAUCUGUAAGGUCAAAUCACUCAAUAAAGGAGACGCCAACUCUGAGGUCACCGUGUACUACCAGUCUGGCCUAAAGGCGUUGAGGGAGCACACACUGAUGGAGCUGCUGGUGAUGCACAUGGAGGAACCCUGCUUUGACUUCCUCAGGACCAAAGAGACUCUGGGGUACCAUGUCUACCCCACCUGCAGGAACACCUCGGGCGUACUUGGAUUCUCUGUCACCGUGGAAACACAGGCCACCAAGUUCAAUACUGAGCUGGUGGAGUUAAAGAUUGAAGAGUUCUUGGCUUCAUUUGGGGAGACGCUCGAUUCGCUGACUGAGGACGCCUUUAAUACUCAGGUGACUGCUUUGGUGAAGCUGAAGGAAUGUGAGGACACUCACCUGGGUGAGGAGGUGGACAGGAACUGGGCCGAGGUGGUUACACAGCAAUAUGUGUUUGACAGACUUAACAGAGAGAUCGCCGCUCUGAAGCAGAUGACCCAGGCUGAGCUGGUCUCCUGGUUCAAAGAACAGCGAGGAGAGAACAGCCGCAAACUCAGCGUGCAUGUGGUGGGCUUUGGUGCUGAAGAGAAUGAUGAGGAUGCUGGUGGUAAGAAACAUAAAGGAGAAGAGGGCAAAGAGGAAGAGUUACACAGCUCUGCGUACGGUGAGGUGUCUAAGCUCACCUUCCUUCCUGCCAAGAUGGCGGGCGCUGUAGCCAUCAUGGACAUACCAGCUUUCACUAAAGGCCUGCCACUCUUUCCCUAUCACAAGAUACUUGAAUGACCUCCCGCUCAGACUGUGACACGGAUGGAUGGCUAUGCUUUGCCUCUCACUGAGCGGACUCUGUCACAUUAGAGAUGCAGUCACUUAACAUGUGGAGGUGAAGGAAUUCUGAAACAAUUGUGGCUUCUCUAUGGACCUGGAUUCUUCUUGGGAGCCUCGGCUGUAGAUUUUAACUAAACUGUGUGUGUAUGCAAAACACCUGAAGGUGAUAAUAGACUUUUCUUGAAGUGAUACAUGAUAAGCUAUUCUUCUUUCUCACACCUAAUUAUUUUCAAUCCUCAGACACCAGGAGUGUGUAAGCACGCUUUCUAUUUCUCUAUCCACACUGACUGAAGAUCGUUGGAUCAAAUUCUCAUUAUUCGGCUCUCUGGCUCUGCUAUUAUAAGAAUACCAAAUCCCUGUUUUUUCAGCUGUCUGUGUCGGAUCUCACAGCGAGCUUAAUACUUUUUUUUUUUUUUCUUUUCAAAUCAACUGUGAAAACUGCAAAGAAUAUUGAAUCCUUUGAACUCUGAAAGGGUGUGUUUGAUAGAUUGUGAGCUCUUCUCGGCACUCCUGCUGUGUUAGCUAACUGGAAUAAUUACACCAUGGUACAAAACUGUGCAAAGAAAAUAAAUCCAGGAGUGAUGAUUGAAUUGAUUAAAGCAGUGUGUACCAACUACA